UUCUCCAUGGGUUCAGCGGCAGAUUCUGGGUCGUUAUGGAGCCUCCAGUGUGUUCCAAAUACCUGCCUCGUUUCCAGAACUGCUCCUGUUCUUAUUUCUUUGCAGAGGACGGCGUGACGCGCCAACUGCCGUGCCAUCGCCAGCUGGACGGAUUUGUGUGCCUUUACGAGGUCGAGGAUCUGUGUAGUCCCGUGCAAGUUGGCGCAGACGCGCAGGUGAAGUACCACACGCCGAUGGGCGUGGAGGGCGACGACUGGGCGACGUUUCCUGCCGGAACCAUCGCCGUGAAGGAAUCCGGUGAAUAUCCAGCGUGGAAGCGCAUCUGUUUCUCCGGUAUUUGGAAGAAAGCUCCGUGGAACUGCGAGGUGCUCGAUGGUGGCUGCACGCACCUCUGCGUCACCGACCACCAAACCCAUAAGUGCACCUGUCCGGACGGGCACUUUCUCCAUCCAAACAACUUCACCUGCGCCAAUCAUCCGUGCGCCCACUGCGCACAGGGGUGCCAACAGCGGGGCAGCGAGCAUGUGUGCACCUGCAGGGACCACUACGUGCUUGCGCAGGACGGGAAAACCUGCGUGUACGUGGACGAAUGCGCGGCGGGGGACAUGUGCCCAGGUGAAGGUUAUAAGUGCGUGAACACGCUCGGUGGGUUUACGUGCAUCUGCAAAGAGGGCUUUGUGGAAGAGGACGGAGAGUGCGUGGACGUGUCCAUCUGCCACAUGUGUGAGCAGAUGAAGUGCGUAAAAGAGAACAGGAAGUAUCGGUGCGCGUGCCGCGACGGCUUCAGGGUGUCACGGGAUGACCCCACCAAGUGUGACAUCCACUGCACCCAGCAGGACUGUCCGGCCAAGUGCGUCCUGAUUCCGAACCCAGAACUGGAGUCGAAGGAGCAGCACCUGUGCCUGUGUCCGGACGGUUACAUCAAGGACAUGAGGAACGGCACGCCCAUCUGCACCGACAUCAACGAAUGUGACAACGAGCUGCAGUGCGACCACGUGUGCCAAAACCUGUUCGGCGGCUACAAGUGUCUUUGUCACGAGGGCUUCGAGCUCCACGACGGCCACAGCUGCGUCUCCACCGAGGAGGACGACGACGGAUCUGGAUCUGUUGGAGCGCCCGGCGGCCCUACUGAGGGCGCGCGGCUCGCCGCGGUGCCGCCGUACGUGAAGACCGGCAGCGCGCUGGGCAUCACCGCCUUCCUGGUGGUGUGCGUGGUACUGCUCUACUUUUUGGUGCGAAACCUGCUCAAACGUUGCGGCAAAAUGCAGUUUUACUCCCUCACAAGACCCAACACGGACAUUUUCUAUCUGCAGCAAGUGACCACAGAGAAAUACAAGAGACUGUCUUUUGACAAACAGUCCAAAAGUGACUCGCAAAGACUUUAGGUAGAGACAUGUUCAUUAAAAUUCUGCUCCCCCGCCAAUCAAAAAUGUCAAAUAUGUUGGAUUUGUUCUCUAGAAGGAUGCACGCAACGUUUGUACUAAAUAUUGUUGUGUUUAGCAGUGAAAGUUGCACAACUUUUCCUACAAAUGCAUGAGCUGGUAUUUAUAAAAGAAGAGUGUGCAUCCACAUUUUGAAGUGGAAAUGAAAAAUAAGGUGACAUAAUGCAAGACAAAGUGCUUCUUAAUUCUCUUCACACACACUCUUGGGCAAUUCUGUUGUAGCAGAAUUACGAUGAUAGCAAAAUUUACCUACAGAUUUCAAAUUUUUGCUCUGAUUGUAUACUAGGGGAGCUACUACCACUACCCCC